AUGACAUCCAAACACACUCCACAGAAGAUCCCCCGCCUCACCCGCUCCACCGAUGCCCUCACCUCCUCCGAACGAUGGCAAGCCAUCACUAGACGCGACCCAACAAUCAACAGCUUCGUCUACGCAGUCCUAACGACCAAAAUCUACUGCCGCCCAUCCUGCGCCGCCCGUCUCGCCCGACGCGCCAACGUCCAAUUCUACGACACCCCCUCACAAGCCGAAGCAGCCGGAUUUCGAGCCUGUAAGCGCUGCCGGCCACAAACAGGAGGCACGGCGCUUGCGAACCAUCCACAAACCGCGAUCGUUGCAAAGGCCUGCGAAGCAAUCCAGGCCGAGCUAGCGAUAGGGCUGAAACCACGAUUGCAAGAUCUGGCGGCGCAGGCUGGCUUGACGCCGAGUCAUUUUCAUCGUGUGUUUAAGAAACGGAUGGGCGUGACGCCGGGUCAGUAUGCGAGUGGGCUUGUCCAGGGGAGUGGUAGUGAAUCGGGUUCGUCGGAGGGGAUUUGUUUGACGCCUGAUACUACGACUUUGUCGGACAGUGGGACGCCGCGCUUGGAGGUAUUGGAUGGGAGUGGGAGGGGAGUUCUGAAUUUAGAAGCGGGCGAGAGUCUGCUGAGUGUGUUGUGGCCGGAGGACGGUCUUUCGGUCAUUGAGGGAGAACCGCCCGUCGUGUUGGAUGAUGUUUGGAAUGACUUUGAUGCUUUUUUGGCGGCUGAGCCUGGUCAGAAUCAGAUAUUGACUGCAAUGGAGGAUCCGCCGCUCGCUAUUGACCCCCAGGUGAUCCUGGCGUCGGGGAUAUGA